AUGCUCAGGGUGCCAAACCCGAGCAAUGUAUCCAGUAUAAUCGUGAAGUUGGAGGGCGAGUCGAAGACCAGGCUAAUGGCUGCGAUUAGGCCGGAUAGGCCUGAAAGACAGCGGCCUGUACUGGAGGUCCACAAGAUCCUGUACAAGACUCAAGUAGUCUGGCCCGCAAACGUCCACUCAGAAGAUAUCCUGGCGGGAUCUAAGGCAACAUACACGCUGAACUCAGGUCAAUACGAAUACCCAUUCCAACUCAAACUGCCUUUGAAUACUGCCUGUCAACCAUCUAACAGUAUUUCUACCAACGUACAAUUUAGCGGCAUCGUACCAGAAAUGGCGAAAACCCCAACGCGACAUAUAAAACAAACCCUACCCCCCUCACUUACGGGAUUUCCGGGGGAGGCUGAAAUCAGAUACUACGUAAAGGUCACCGUCAACCGCCCGCAGUUUUUCAAGGAGAAUCCUAGAGCCCAAGUGAACUUCACCUUCCUACCAAUCGAGCCGCGGCCAGAGCUGUCAGACGGAGAGGCAUAUGCGAGAAGAUCACAUCAAUUUUUGGAGAACGCGCAAAGUGUGGCUGCGAGCAAGAAGAAGGGUUUCUUCGAUAAAAUUGGAUCUUCAUCUGAACUUCCAAUAUCUCCCUCGAACGCGGGAACACCACCUCGAUUCUCCGUUGACGCCCGGCUUCCGAAUCCCGCUAUCCUCACUUGCAAUAAGGAUCUUCCCUUGCGAAUCUUGGUCAAGAACGUAAGCGAACGGGGCAAAAAUUUGUACUUGCAGAUGUUGCAGGUUGAACUGAUCGGAUAUACCAAAGUGCGAGCACAUGAAGUUCAACGAGUGGAGUCAGGCAGCUGGAUCAUUGCGAGCUUUAGCAACAUGAGUAUCCCACUCGGCUCGCCGACCGAUCCAAUAGGAACAGAGGUUCCGAUCAAUCCAGAAUAUUGGUCCGACAAACCUCUUCCCGCCAGCGUGGCACCGUCCUUCCAGACAUGCAAUCUUUCAAGAUACUACGAGCUUGAAGUCCGUGUAGGUCUAGGUUAUGGAUCCUAUGAGCAUGGCAGAGAUCAACUUGUCGUUCUUCCCUUGCGACUGCCCGUCAAGGUUUACUCCGGAAUCACGCCUCCCAAAGCCCUUCUCGAGGCUACGCCCACUGGUGAUUCCGGGAAAGUCGGCUUCAAGCCACCACUUCCACAAGCACAAGCACCUCCAACACUUGCAGGCCCCAGCGUUCCACCACCGUUUUCUCCAUCUCAAGGACCCCCCGUGGGUGCUCACCCGGAGCAGCCAUACGACGAUGCUCCGCCAAGCUACGAGGAUGCGAUUGGUCAAGAUCUACCGCCUAUUGAUGGGUACAGGGGGAAUUAUCAACCUCCACCUGUGCCCGAAGGUGCACCUCGAUUUUCUGAUGAGAAGCGGCGAUGA